AUGUCAAACCAGUGUUUUGGUUCGUUGGCCGGUAUGAUCGCCAGUAUGCCGACGCAAGCCUUUCGAAUGGCCUAUGAUUCGCAAAUUCAUUUCGAAAACAACUAUAGCGGCAGCAGCAAUAACAACAACUAUCUCAAAACCAAUAAUAAUACCAACUUCCCCAACAGCAAUAGCAAUAACAAAACUUGUGAAAGGUGCAAAUCUUUGGAGGCUAAAAUUGACGAUUUGAACACCAAAUUUGACAACAUGCUAGAUUACCUUAAAAAAAUGAUGGAAGUUCAGGCAAAGCAAGGCGCCCAAUUAAGCGUUCUUGCUAAUAAGCACGCAGAUAUGAGGAAUUUGAGCAAACUCUUCCCUAUAAAAACCAUUGAAGAAAUGGAAAGCGUCAAUAACGCCAUAAAUGAGGUAAACAUCAAUGAAUAUGAGGAUUGUCGGCGACGUCAGAAAAGCCCAAUAAGCAACUAUCGAAAUGCUUCCAUAUUGUUAAAAAAAGGCUGUAUAGAUUGA